UCUGUUGGCAUAGAAGCUAUCAGUAGAGGAUGCUCUCAGGUCCAUUUUGUGGAAAUGGAUCCAUGGGUUGUAUUCGAUAUUCUAUGCCCUAAUUUAGAAUGGACUGGAUUUCUUGAUAAUUCAGUUAUACACACAGGUUAUGUGGAAACUUUAUUUGAGUGCAUUAAAGAAUCUUCAGGAAAAGAUGGACCAUUUAAUUACAUAAGUGCGACACCGCUGUACAUGGAAGUGGAUUAUGUGAUUUUAGUGAAGCAAAUUUCAGAAUCAUCUGUCAUUAGGGAUGAUUCUUUUAUAGUUGUGGAGUAUCCAUUCAGAACCAACAUGCUGGAAACAUGUAUGUGUCUUGUUAGAUUAGCUAAUCAUCAUUUUGGAAGGACACACCUAGCAAUAUACGAGCCCACAAGGGCUCAGAAGAAUAGAAGAUCGUAA